AUGUCGAGAUUCGUAUCGGCGGGGGCCAUCAACGCCGAGACAGGCGAGGCCGUACCCCAAGACACAACCGCAACACCCGCAACAAACGCCGGCGCGAGCACUGCCGGCUCGGCGCCCAAACCCGCCGCCGAAUCCAGAAAGAGCGCCGAAUGGGACCUCGUGCAGAAAGAACUCGACGCGGAACGCAGGCGUAGGGAGGAGGCGCGCGUCAAGUCCGUCGAGGGCGGGGAGAAGAGUCUUUACGACGUCCUGCAGGCGAAUAAAGCCGCGAAGCAGGCUGCGUUUGAGGAGGCGAAUAAGAUUCGGAACCAGUUUCGCGCGCUGGAUGAUGAUGAGAUUGAUUUUUUGGACGAGGUUAGGGAGGCUAAGAAGGCUGAGGAGGAGAGGGUUAGGAGGGAGACGGAGGAGGGGCUCGUUGCUUUUCGGAGGGCGCAGGGGGGUGGUACGGGGGCGAAGAGGGCUGGUGAUGGGGAGGAGGAGGGUGAGAAGGGGGAGGAGAUGGGUGGUGAGGGGGAGGGUGGUGAUGAGUGGGCUGUUGGGCCUAGGAAGAGGAGGAGGAAGGAGAGGGAGAGGGGGUUUGGGGUGAAGAGGGAGAAGGGGGGCGAAGACAAGGUGGACGAGAAGGGCGAUGGUCAGGUGAAGAGUGUUGGUAAGGGGAGUCCGCCUGUGCCUAUGCCUGCGGCUACGACUACGACCACAGCUGCGCCUGCACCGGUGAAGGGGAAGCCGAGUCUUGUUGCGUACGGAUCUGAUUCGGACGAUGACUGA